AUGGGAAACACAUGCUGCACAGGAAGGCUUAAUCAUGGCCCAUUACACAAUGAAAAAGAUAAUAUUAAAAAUACCAGCAAAAUUUCUCACAAAAGAAAGAAAUCUCAGCACAAGUCGUUCGAAGAAAGAAGACCUUCCAAGCAGUUCAAAGGAAAAUCUUCUCCAAAACACCUUAAAACUUCUUUAGAACUAAAAAAAUUAGCGAAACAGUUAAACCAAGAAGCACCAAAGCAUGUAAGAUUCGAAAAAACUGAGUCAAUAAGAAAUGCUAAUGAAGAAAAAUUUAAAAGUGACCCUUUUGAAAGCCAAGAAAUAUUGCUCCAUUACCACUUAUUCCCCCACCCUCCAAGCGAACAAAACCAUUGGAAAAAUAAAAAAAGCCCACACUCUUAACUUUAUAUAAAAGAAAAUUAAUAUAAUGAAAUCUCUAGCUAAUUCUGUUUAAUUUAAAAAAACAAACUCACAUUUAAAAACAUAAAUUUUUUUAAAUUAAAUAAAUAUUUGCUUUAAUUUUUUUGCGAAUUCUCAAAAUAACAUUUACUAUAUUAAUAAAUUUAAAAAAAAAAACCUUUCUUUAAAAAUUUUUUGUUCCUCAUGAGAGGGGAGUCAGAAGAAGCCUCAAACUACCGAAAAAGUGAUCAACGAAAAAUAAUUCAAAUUUUGGAUAAUUAUCAAGGAGAAUUAGAAGAUGGAGAAAUCGAAAAAUUGGAUGGGAUUUCUGACAAAGCUGAUAUGAAAGGAGAACUGGUCACCUUAAUGUUUACAACUCAUGCUAUUUAUAUACUUGACCGGGAAGACUGGACUAAUAUCAUUAGAAGAAUAAGUUAUAAGUCGAUAAAAGCAGUAAGUCUAGCGGAGAAAGAUAUAGCCAUACUGUUUCAUAUUGACCCAAAUGAUGAGAAAUACGAUGAUAUUUUAAUAUCCAGUGAAAGCUAUUUUGAUAUCAUUAAAGCAAUGGAGCAGCUUCAUUAUGAGAUAACAGGAAAUUAUAUCAGCUGAAAUACAGUUGCUUCUAAAAACGAAUUAGAGAACUUAAUGAAUAAGCCGCUUGCUGAACAAUUUUCACAAGAAGAUAAAUUUUUAGCAAAAAUAAUAAUGAAAUACGGAGAAAUAGGUGAAAAGAAAUUGAAUUUCCAAGCCUGCUCAACCAUUUUUGAGUCAAAUGAUUACGAUAAAUAUUUCCUAUUUACGAACAAGUCUGUUUAUAUACUAAAUCACGAUUUCACGCUCGCAGUCAAACUUUUACUUGUAAAUAUCUAUCAAAUCGGCAAAAAUUCACUGCAAAAAUCAAUCAUUUUGUACAGUUCAAGCAAAUCUUAUUAUGCCAAGCUACAAUUAAUGAUAUCCAAAGAAAUAGCAGAAGCUGCUGUUUCAGCUGGAAAUUGGAAAAUAAAAGAAAUAGAUCUUGAAACUGAGCCUUAA